UUUAAAACUAGAAAAGAAAAGGAAGAAAGUGUUUUCAUUUCACACUUGCGUGCGGAGGUAGGUAUACUCAAACACAUGUCUCAUUAUGAGCUACCGGAUUGGAAGAGAAUAGUUUCAAUCAAUCAAACCCACGUCUGAACACACUUGUCUCCGGACUGCAGGUCGCUCUUCUUUUUCAACUCCCAACUCAACUGAUGUUUGUUGCAUUCUCCAUUUAUUAAACAUCAAAUUCAUUCUUAGCUCUGGGUCUCUGUGUUUUUCCUUCUUAUAUACCUUCAAAUCUUAGUAACUUCAUUUCUAACAUUUAAAGCUUCUUUAAUGGAAAUCGCUUCAGGCAAAUGGUUAUCUCAACUGGAAAUGGAGGAUCCCACUUUAUUCCCACAAUACCAAAUGAUAAACCCUAUUGACUAUUCAUUUCAUGAUUUCAAUUUUCACUCUGAAAACUAUUCAUCCAAUCCAUAUUAUACCAUUGGUAAUUCAUUCAUUGAAACUUCUCAAGAGGUCGACGAUUUUAAAAGGCAAAUGAAACAACUCAAAACCAACAGUUGGAACUCUUGCAUUACAGAAAAUAAUAUCCCACCACCGCCAAAGCCUUCUUCUUCUUCCUCGUCUUCUCAUUUAAUCUCCUUCGACAACUCCAAUUCAUACUAUGCUGUAGACUAUGACGUGAAACCGAAAAAUGAAGUGGGUUCAUUCACAAGGAUCCCAUUACAUGCUCAAGAUCAUGUACUUGCUGAAAGAAAACGCCGUGAAAAGCUUAGCCAGAGUUUCAUUUCUCUUUCGGCACUUAUUCCUGGCCUCAAAAAGACGGAUAAGGCUUCAAUUCUGGGAGACGCUAUCACAUACUUGAAAAAACUUCAGGAUCGAGUUAAUGUGCUGGAGGAACAAGUUGCUAAGAAAACAAUGGAAUCAGUAAUCUUUGUGAGGAAAACCCAAAUUUAUGCAGAUGAUGAGACAUCUUCUUCUGAUGAGAGCGUCCAUGGACAAUCUAACAACAACCCUUUCCCCGAGAUCGAAGCAAGAGUUUCAGACAAGGAUGUGCUCAUUAGAAUCCACUGCAAGAACAACAAAGGUUGCAUAUCAAACAUCAUAAACGAGGUCGAAAAGCUUCAUCUCUUUGUGCUCAACAGCCACGUCUUGCCCUUUGGACAAGCCACUCUUGACAUAACCAUUACUGCUCAGAUGGAAGCUGAGUUUUCAAUGACAGUGAAAGAUCUUGUGAAAAGCCUACGACUGGCUUUGCUGAAGUUCAUCAUGUGAUGAACUUGCAACACCAUGUUCACAACGAGCCCUUGACAUCCCAUGUAAGUUUUCCUGCGAAACAUAAAUUACAGCAAGACCAAGAUGGAGAGUUUAAGUUAUCAAAAUAUCCUUCGUGAUGAGCACAUAAAUUUAAUUAUCAAAGCCAGAGAAUAUAGUUUAAAUCAUUUUGAAGAAGAUUACAAGCAUAAAUGAUGUAUAGAAGAAAAAGGAAGAUUAUGUGUUGGUGAGGAAUGAUGAUUGUAAUAGUUGUUUGCAAGGCACCGACGGAUGAAGACCUUGUGAGAGAUUGUAAUAUGCCACAGUUUCUCUCUUUUGACUUUUUGAUUCUUCGAUUUCUCUAGUCUAUAUCUGUUUCCAACUAUACUUAUCAUAUAUAAAAAGUGCUGGUUUUGAAUUU